AUGGUGCCUGCCUUGAGCCUUUCCCGCCUGGGCCUGUGGGCUUUGGGACUGAUCUUGGUCUUAUGUCUCCUCAAGUUCAUCCAUCUGCUGGUGCGGCGGCAGUUCUUGGCCAGGGCGAUGGACAGCUUCCCAGGACCCCCCACCCACUGGCUCUUUGGGCAUGCCCUUGAGAUACAAAAGUCAGGGAGCCUGGACAAGGUGGUAUCCUGGGCUCAGCAGUUCCCCUACGCCCACCCACUCUGGUUUGGACAGUUUCUUGGCUUCCUGAACAUCUAUGAGCCUGACUACGCCAAAGCUGUGUAUAGCCGAGGGGAUCCGAAGGCCCCAGAUGUGUAUAACUAUUUCCUCCAGUGGAUUGGGAAAGGCCUGCUGGUCCUCGAUGGGCCCAAGUGGUUCCAGCACCGCAAGCUGCUCACACCUGGCUUCCAUUAUGAUGUGCUGAAGCCCUAUGUGAAUGUGUUUGCUGACUCAACAAACACCAUGCUGGACAAGUGGGAGGAAAAGGCUCGUAAGGACAAGAGCUUUGACAUCUUCAGUGAUGUGGGCCUCAUGUCACUGGACUCACUCAUGAAGUGCACCUUUGGCAAAGGAAACAGCGGCCUGAACCACAGAGACAAUAACUACUACUUGGCAGUCAGCAAUCUCACUCUGCUAAUGCAGCAGCGCAUAGAGUCCGUACAGUACCAUAACGACUUCAUCUACUGGCUUACUCCACAUGGCCGCCGUUUCCUGCGGGCCUGCCAGGUGGCACAUGACCACACAGAUCAAGUCAUCAGGGAAAGAAAGGCAGCUCUACAAGACGAGAAAGAACAAAAGAAGAUUCAGAACCGGAGGUACCUGGAUUUCCUGGACAUUCUCCUGGGGGCUCGGGAUGAAAAUGGGAUCAAGCUGUCAGAUGCAGACCUCCGGGCUGAAGUGGACACAUUCAUGUUUGAAGGUCAUGACACCACCACCAGUGGCAUCUCCUGGUUUCUCUACUGCAUGGCCCUGUACCCAGAACACCAGGAUCGCUGUCGGGAAGAAGCCCGUGAGAUCAUUGGAGACAGGGACUCCUUCCAGUGGGAUGAUCUGAGCAAGAUGACCUACUUGACCAUGUGCAUCAAGGAGAGCCUCCGCCUCUACCCACCUGUGCCCCAGGUGUACCGCCAGCUCAGCAAGCCUGUCAGCUUUGUGGAUGGCCGCUCUCUACCUGCAGGCAGCCUGGUCUCUCUGCACAUCUAUGCCCUCCAUAGGAACAGCACAGUGUGGCCCGAUCCUGAGGUAUUUGACCCCCUGCGCUUUUCCCCUGAGAAUGUAACUGGACGGCACUCUUUCGCCUUCAUGCCUUUCUCUGCUGGGCCAAGAAACUGCAUUGGGCAGCAGUUUGCUAUGAACGAGAUUAAGGUGGUUGCAGCCCUCUGCUUGCUCCGCUUUGAGUUCGCCGUGGACCCCUUGCAGCCACCCAUCAAAUUGCUCCAGCUGAUCCUGCGCUCCAAGAAUGGCAUCCACCUUCAUCUGAAGCCACUGGGCUCAGGCUCUGAGAAGUAG